UGCUCCUCAAAGUAGUAGUCUUCCUUUAAAUAAGGUGUUUAGCUAGAGCUAGAUUUUAUCAUCUUGAGAAAAGAGGGAGGAGUUCUUCCAUCAUGGUGCAGAUAACAAAGCUGAAGGUUAUUAUUAACUGCCUAAAAUGCAAGCAAGAGCUCCUCCAAGCUGUGUCUCCACUGCAAGGUGUUGACAAAGUAGAAGUUGAUGAAGCAAAGGGAACUUUGACAGUUACAGGCAACGCAGACCCAUAUGAAAUAAUUCUCCGUACAAAAAAAACAGGGAAAUAUGUUGACGUGGUUAGCAUCGGACCUCCACCUGCUCCCCCAAAGCAGGAUAAAGAUCAGAAGAAGCCUGCAGCCGAUAAAGAUCAGAAGAAGCCCGACGACCAGAAGCCUGUAGUUCAGUACAUACCCAUGAUGCCCUAUUGCUAUACGCCCCACCACAACUGUCCUGUCUGUGACCCAACGUCGACUGUUUUCUAUGACGGCCGGUGGGAGGAUCCUAAUCCAUCAUGCUCCAUACAAUGACAAAUUCAAUGUCAUUAAUGAGUGAAAAUAAAGAAGGGAAAUAUAUAUAUUUA